GGGGACGCGGGACGCUUUAGCGGCGGACGCGCUGGUUCCGGCGUCCUGUGGCGAUGCUCCCGAGGGUGUCCGCGGCCGUCUGCCUCCGGCCCGGCCCCCGCCUGCCGUGGGGGCCCAGCGCGCCGCUCGCGGCCAGGACAAAUAAUAUCCAGAGAUAUUUUGGCACUACCAGAGUGAUUUGUAGCAAGAAAGAUGAGCAGUCUGUUCCACCCCAGGAGACUUCCAAGGAGACAGAGGGCAAAGAUGGUGUGAAGGAGAAAAAGAAAAAAGACUUGUUGGAUAUUAUUAAGGGCAUGAAAAUUGAAUUAAGCGCACUAAAUGUGAGGACGACAAAGCCACCAAGCAGACGACCUGUUAGAACUUUGCCAACUGCAAUUGGCAGACCCCGGAAAGCUGCAGAAGAUGCCCCAAAGCAGAGAGGUGAGCCCCUGAGUCCUGAGCUGGUGUCGGCGGUGUCAGCUGUCGCGGACUCUCUCCCCUUUGACAAGCAGACGACCAAGUCGGAGCUGCUCCGGCAGCUCCAGCAACAUGAGAAGGAGUCCAGGGCCCAGAAAGAAGGGGAGAGGCCCAGAAUUAGCUUUAGUAACCUAAUAUCAGAUAUGAAAGUUGAUCGGAAUGCCACGGCAAGAGUCAGCACAAGGCCGGUGCAUCAGAUCCAGUUUGACGAAGGCCCUGACCAUAUUCUGGAUGAGAAGACGAUCAACGUGAGAAAGAGUAUUCAGAGAAGUAUGUCCAAGGGGAAGAGACUUAACAUUUUCGAGCUGAAGACAGAUACUGCAGAGGCACCUGGAGCAGACGAAGCCCCUACACUCUGGGAUGUGGAGUUUGCUAAGCAGUUGGCCACAGUAAGCCAGCAGCCCUUUCGGAAUGGUUUUGAAGAGAUGAUCGAGUGGACCAAGGAAGGGAAACUGUGGACGUUUCCGAUUGACAAUGAAGCUGGUUUUGAUGAUGACGGUUCAGAAUUUCAUGAACAUAUAUUUCUGGAUAAAUACCUGGAGGAUUUUCCAAAACAAGGACCCAUUCGCCACUUCAUGGAGCUGGUGACCUGUGGCCUUUCCAAAAACCCAUAUUUGAGUGUUAAACAGAAGGUGGAACACAUAGAAUGGUUUAGAAAUUAUUUUAACGAAAAACAGGAUAUUCUAAAAGAAAGUGGCAUUCAGUUCAGUUAAUGACUAUGGAAAUUUUUUAUCUCAAGCUCAUGGAAAUAGGCAUAUCACUAAAUAAAUUCUACUGGAAAUUUUUC